AUGGCCGUGUUUAUGCAGCUUGUCUGUGUGAGCAUCUUCUCUCUUUUACUGCAUCAUGGCCAUGCCAGCCCGGUCUCUGCGGCUGCUGCUCCCACUGUCACGAUAGAUUCCGGGCCUGUGGUGGGUGUAGCGACCUCUCCAGCAGGAGCCUCCGCCACGGUCAACAAGUAUCUGGGCAUUCGUUUCGCAGCAUCUCCCAUACGGUUCGCGCCGCCCGUCAAGCCGACACAAUGGACGACACCAUUCGAUGCAAGCAAGUAUGGCCCCGCGUGUAUUCAGCAGUUCAAUUAUCCGGAGGCCACUCGCAACGCGACUAUCGCCUGGUACAACACGCCACCUCCGCCAGCCGGAGAGAGUGAAGAUUGUCUCAAUGUGAACGUCUAUGUCCCCGGCACCGGAGGCGAGGCUAGGACAGUCAUGGCGUGGAUUUAUGGCGGCGACAUGACCUUCGGAGCCAAUUCAUUGAACGCCUACGACGGUACUUUAUUUGCAGCGGCUCAAGACCUGAUUAUUGUGUCGUUGAACUAUCGCACAAAUGUCUUUGGAUUUCCACUAUCCCCAGAACUACCAUUGACUCAGCGCAACCUGGGGCUCCUGGAUCAACGCCUGGCGCUGGACUGGAUCCAAAGAAACAUUCAAGCCUUUGGGGGCGACCCGAAGAAAGUAACCAUCUUCGGAGAAAGUGCCGGAGCAGCCAGCGUCGACAUGCUCGUAACCACUCACCCCUCAAACCCACCCUUCCAGGCGGCAAUCAUGGAAUCAGGCCAAACCUCAUUCUACAUCAACCCGACCAACGACCCAACAUCAUGGGUCACCCUAGCAUCCGCCCUAAACUGCACCAGCACCCACCCAGGCUCCAACCUAACAUGUCUCCGCGACCAACCCGCAAGCACCAUAAAAUCGACAAUCGAACACCUCGAACUCAAAUUCGGACCCGUCUCAGACAACGUAACAAACCUCCGAUUUCCCGAAGCCGCCAGACUAAGCGGCAACAUUGCCCCCGUGCCCAUCCUAUCAGGCACCAACGCCAACGAAGGAACGGUAUUUAGUUACGGAAUGACCAAUGCGACUGCCGUCCUUGAGGCAACAUUCCCCAACCAAACGAUCCUCGUUGACUCCAUCCUCGCCGCAUAUCCUGAAACCGGCAACCAACAAGUAAGUGCUAUCCGGACGGACCUCACAUUCCAAUGCCCCGCAGGCAUUGUGGCCAACGAUUCGCGGACGGCCGGGUUUCCUACGUGGCGAUACUAUUUCAAUGCCACGUUCGAGAAUACACAGCUGUUUCCCGGUUCGGGCGUCUAUCAUUCUUCCGAGAUUACCUUGGUUUUUGGCACUUAUCCGCGCGUCAAUGCUACGGCUGAUGAGGCUGCUUUGUCGCAAUAUAUGCAGACUUCGUGGGCUACGUUUGCAAGAAAUCCCGCUGGUGGUCCGGGCUGGGCCAAAGUGCCGAAUGUGGCGAAUCUGUGGACCAGUGGUGUUUUGAAUUCGCCUCUCGAGGCUGCGCAGCUUGAUUUCAGGUGUGGUUUGUAUAGAGGGAUUUAUGAGCUUUCGGGCGCUGCGGAAGCUGGGUCUGCGCCUCCGGGGUAA